GGGCGCUGGCGCCGCGAGUCCAUUUUGCUGCGGUUCCGGGAGCGCAUGGCGGGUCCCGACGGCAGCUGCUGGGUCGCGGCGGCUCAGCAAACUCUAGUUUGACAAUCAAAACGUGAAAAGGAAAAGCCCGAUUCCUUUGCCCUGGGAAAUAGUAACCUCCCUGCACACACCUGCUUGCCAGGGACUGAGGAAGCAACAAACACCUUUAAAGACCAAGGACCCCAAGAGCUGUGUGUGAUGUGAUGGAGCUGCUUGAAGAAGAUCUUACAUGCCCAAUUUGUUGCAGUUUGUUUGAUGACCCUCGGGUUUUGCCCUGCUCACACAACUUCUGCAAAAAAUGCUUAGAAGGUCUCUUAGAGGGAAAUGUGCGGAAUUCAUUGUGGAGACCAUCUCCAUUCAAGUGCCCCACCUGCCGUAAAGAAACUUCAGCUACUGGAGUUACUAGCCUGCAGGUUAAUUACUCUCUUAAGGGUAUUGUGGAGAAAUAUAACAAAAUCAAGAUCUCUCCCAAAAUGCCAGUGUGCAAAGGACACUUGGGGCAGCCUCUCAACAUUUUCUGCCUAACUGAUAUGCAACUAAUUUGUGGGAUCUGUGCCACACGUGGGGACCACACCAAGCAUGUCUUCUGUUCUAUUGAAGAUGCCUAUGCUCAGGAAAGGGUUGCUUUUGAGUCCCUCUUUCAGAGCUUUGAGACCUGGCGUCGGGGUGAUGCGCUUUCUCGCUUGGAUAUGUUGGAAACUAACAAGAGGAAGUCCCUACAGUUGCUGACUAAAGAUUCUGAUAAAGUGAAAGAAUUUUUUGAGAAGUUACAACACACAUUGGAUCAAAAGAAGAAUGAAAUCUUGUCUGACUUUGAGACCAUGAAGCUUGCAGUUAUGCAGGCCUAUGACCCAGAAAUCAACAAACUCAACACUAUUCUACAGGAGCAACGGAUGGCCUUUAACAUUGCUGAGGCUUUCAAAGAUGUGUCAGAACCCAUUGUAUUUUUGCAACAGAUGCAAGAGUUCAGGGAGAAAAUCAAAGUAAUCAAGGAAACUCCUUUGCCACCUUCUAAUUUGCCCACAAGCCCUUUAAUGAAGAACUUUGAUACCAGUCAGUGGGAAGACAUAAAACUAGUGGAUGUGGAUAAACUCUCUUUGCCUCAGGACACUGGCACAUUCAUUAGUAAGAUUCCCUCAAGCUCCUAUCACUUAGUUUUUGUAGUUCUUCUGCUUGGCCUCCUCAUUUUCUUCGGUCCUACCAUAUUCCUAGAAUGCUCUUUAUUUGAUGAACUACUAAUCUGGAAAGACCAUCUUUCAAACCUUAGUUUGUACCUGACUACAUCAGCUGAUUUGGUAGAACAAUCAGUUUUUUACUGGGAACAAAUGGCAGAUGGGUUUUUCAUUAUCAGUGAAAGAAUCAAGAAUUUUAGUUUGGUAGUGCUGAACAAUGUGGCAGAAUUUGUGUGCAAAUAUAAACUAUUAUAAAAUAUCAACUAUGCACUUCUGGUUUUUGAUAAGAUGGUUAGAGAUGUUUGAGAGUUCAGUUUUUUUUCUUCCAAAGGUAUUCUUUUCAAAAAUAAAUGCUAUUCAGAUGAGGAAGCAUAAUGAUACAAGUAAAAUUUUGUAGUACUAUUCCAAGUUUUCCCUUUUUUAAAUAAAUGUCCUCCCUUCAA